AUGUUUCGUAAAGGACGUGGCGUUUUUGAACUCAAGAAUGAUGAAGUCCUACAGAUUUUGAUGGGUGACAAUAGUGACGAAGAAGAUCAAAGAAUUUUGACGCAGGAUGAUGAUCAAGGGGUCUCUGACGUUGAAAUUGAAAAUACUCCAGUUCCACUUCAGGAAUCAGUAAGUCUGCCACCUGAACCAACAACGUCUACAGCUGUUUUACCCGUCACCGGAGCACACAGUAAUCAAGAACCACUUUUCAAGUGGAACCAGAGAACAUACGUGCCAAAUACUUUUCGUGAUGUGGAAUAUGAGUUCGGAAAGGUACAAAUUUGUCAAGAAGUUGAUGCUGAUGUAUUGACUCCCUUUGACAUAUUUUGUUCAACUACAAAUUUUUAUAUUUUAGUUCAAAAUAUAGUACAGAAGUCAGUACGGUACGCUCAUCAAAAUGGCCGGGCAUUUACCGUAGAUGUAAAAGAAAUGAGAGCAUUUCUUGGUAUGAAUUUAGUUAUGGGCUAUCACAUUUUGCCAUCAUUAAGAGAUUACUGGUCUACAGAACCAGAUAUGGCAGUACCUUUCAUAUCAAAUGUUAUGCCAAGGACUCGAUUUGAAGAGAUACGCAGAAAUCUUCACUUCUGCAAUAACGAAGAAGUGGGAGACACAAAUAGUCCGGGUUAUGACAGAGCGUAUAAAAUUCGCCCCAUAAUCGAACAUUUCAACAAUUCAUUUCAAAAUGCUCUCAAUAAUACAAAAAAGCAAUCUAUCGAUGAACAUAUGAUAAAAUUCAAAGGGCAUAAUGCAAUGAAGCAAUACAUAAAAAAUAAGCCAGUCAAGUGGGGCUUCAAAUUAUGGUGUAGAUGUGAUGCUGCAACAGGAUACCUGUUUGAAUUUGACUUAUAUACAGGCAAGCGGACUUCUGGGACUGAGUACGGGUUAGGUGAAUCUGUAGUACUUCAGCUUACGAAAAAGUUGGACGGAUUAGGAUGUGAAAUUUAUGUUGAUAAUUUUUUCAAUUCACCUAUGUUGCAGUAUACAUUGAUUUAUCAGAAUACCAAGGCAUGUGGAACCGUUCGAACAAACCGGAAACAUCUUCCAAAAACUGCACCAGUUGACAAAAAAAUGAAUCGAGGAGACAUAUACACCACAAGUUUUCAGGGCAUUUCAUACGUGAAGUGGAUGGACAAUAAAGCAGUGCACUUGUUGACCAACUUUCUGUCACCUUUAGAAACAGACACCGUAAAACGACGCAAAGCUGGAUCAGCGGAAAAAAUUGAUGUGAAAUGCCCAAAAAUUGUAUCACACUAUAACAAAAACAUGGGAGGAGUAGAUCUCAUGGAUCAACGUAAAGUGUGCUAUGAAAUCGAUCGCAGAUCGAAAAUAAAAUACUACCUGCGACUAUUUUUUGAUCUCUUAGAUAUUUCAGUGAAUAACGCACAUACUGUCUACGCAAAGCUACACAAUGAAAAACAGUUGGAAGGAGGUCUGUUGUCUAGUUUGAAGUUCAGACAAGUCGUUGCUCGAAGUUUGAUAAACGGUUUCUCUGUCAGGCAGCUAGACGUUCCCACUUCAAAAUCAAAUUCAGUACGCAGAUCUGUAAAACGACAGUUACCCACACACCCCAUGGAAAAAUCAAAAACCAGGAAGAGAUGUGUCAACUGUGCCAAGUGCAGGAUAGAAAACCGAAUAAACAAUACUUGUGUUUUAUGUAAAGUUCACCUCUGCUACACUAAUGAAAGGAACUGUUUCGCUGAGUACCACAACUAA